AUGAAGAAGUCAACACCAAAAACAUAUGCCUCCUCCCACGAGGAUUCCGACAACUCCAGUGACGAGACAGAAUGCAGCAUCGGUAGUAACUCAACAGCAGGUACCCACCGUUCAGACACCCCAACCCGAUCCGCUCGUUAUCGGAAGAAAGGCCGUCGACGUAGUAAAACAGCAAAAUCAAAGCCAUGCAAUGAUAAGCCCUUGUACAAGUACUGUUGCAGCAUCAAAGAGGAUCACGGUCAACCCCUGUUUGGUGUCCAAUUCAAUCAUCACCUGAAAGAGGGUGAACCCAUGAUUUUUGCGUCAGUGGGUAGCAACCGCGUGAGCAUCUACGAGUGCCCGGAGGGUGCCAACAUUCGUCUUCGUCAGUGUUACGCAGAUCCAGAUCCAGAGGAGAAUUUCUACACAUGUGCCUGGACAUACGACGAGUCUGGAAAGCCACUGUUGGCAGUUGCUGGCUCCAGAGGUGUCAUCAGAGUCAUCAGUCCAGUGACAAUGACGUGUGUCAAGCACUACAUCGGUCAUGGGCAUGCCAUCAACGAGCUGAAGAUCCAUCCCAAGGAUCCCAACAUCCUGUUGUCAGCCUCCAAGGAUCAUGCACUGAGACUUUGGAAUAUCAAAUCAGACGUGUGCAUCGCCAUUUUUGGGGGUGUUGAGGGACACAGGGAUGAGGUCCUCAGUGCUGAUUUUGAUAUGAAGGGACAGAGAAUUAUAUCCUGUGGAAUGGAUCAUGCCCUGAAGCUCUGGAAUCUCGAUAAACCAGACAUGCACGAGGCCAUCAAACAGAGCUACUUCUGCAAUCCAACGAGAAAUGGACGCCCCUUUGACUCUGUUCUCCAGCAUUUUCCUGAUUUUACCACCCGAGAUGUUCACAGAAAUUACGUUGACUGUGUCAAGUGGUAUGGGGAUUUCAUUCUCAGCAAGAGCUGUGAGAACUGCAUCGUCUGCUGGAAGCCAGGAAGACUCGAGGAUCUUCAGCUGAGGAACAAUGAGACCAGUGCCACGGUUCUGCACCGAUUUGAGUUCAAGGAGUGUGACAUCUGGUUUAUCAGGUUCUCCAUGGAUUUCUGGCAGAAGACCAUUGCCCUGGGAAACCAGGUGGGCAGGACCUAUGUCUGGGAUCUUGAGGUGGAUGAGCCAGGAUUGGCGAGGUGCUUCUCACUUCAGCAUCCGAGGUGCACAGCACCCAUCAGGCAAACCAGCCUCAGCAGGGAUGGCAGUGUGCUCCUGUGUGUCUGUGAUGAUGCCACUAUCUGGAGGUGGAAUCGGGAUCACUAGAUCUUCUGUGGGUUUAUGGGGAUGUUGAAAUUUUCUGGGAAUUUUUUUAUUUUAGGAUUUUUUAGGAAUAAAGACGAUAAGACGAUAACAAAA